AAGAAACUUAGGACUGAGUUGAAAGUGUAUCACAAAGAUUUUGCAAUUGAUGAAGACUGUCAUUGGCUGCUGAUGGGAUGGAAGGGCAGGACUAUCUAUGCUGCUUCUUGCUGGUUCAAAAUCAGGUGAAGGUACAUCGAAUUUACUGAUUCAAUAGACAGUUCCAAAUUAGAUGAUGGGCUCAGCUUCCUGAAUUCAGAUGCCUGUUUGAAUCUUGAAAAUUGACUUAAAUUUAGCAUAGCUUCCCCAGAUUUGAGCUUUGGUGACUUCCCUUUCACCCCUUCCGAUGUGAACCCUCAUAAUCUCUCAUGGUUGACAAGAUGGAGCCCGGAGGGAGAGUGUUCAAUCCAAGCGAUGAUAGUGCCUAUUCAGAUCCCGUUCUCAGGAAUAUAAGCUGGAUACUUAUGGAAGAGAACACGGAGGAGAGGCCAAGUAUGUUCCAUGACCAGUUGGCCCUACAAGCAAUGGAGAAUUCAUUGAGUAAAGUGCUUGGUGAGCAAUAUCCUGGUUCGCCUUAUCUACCCCACAUUCAUGUUGAGAGCCCAGAUGGUAUUUCUUAUGGAAGUAGCAGUGCCAGCGAUGGCACUAGCCCCAUCAAUUUUGUUGAUUCUCAAUGUGAUGGCUACCAUUUACAGUCUACUUUGCAGCCCACUUCACGAAUCUCGUUCAACAUUUCAAACAAUAUGAGGAAUGUCAAUGAUGGACCGAUGAUCUCUUGUGUCAAUGAGCUGGUUCAAAAAAAGUUUGGUGAUGGCGAAUCUGUCUUGCAGUUUAAGAAAGGAUUAGAGGAAGCUAGUAAGUUCGUUCCAAGUCCUAAUCAACUGUUUAUUGAUUGGCAGAGCAACAAUUUGAGCUUGCAGCAGGUGGAGGCUUCAACGGAGGUUGUUAUAGCGGAGAAGAAUGUGAGAGGGGACUCCCAAGAUGAGAUGAGGGCUAGAAAGAACCAUGAAAGGGAGGAUAUAGAUGUGGAUGAGUGGAGGAACCACAAGCAGACAGCAGUUUACACAGAAGAGAGUGAAUUGUCUGACAUGUUUGAUAAGGUAUUGCUUUAUCCUAUCGUAAACAAUGAGCCAGUAUGUUUUGAUGAAGCACCUGUACAAAAUUUAGCAAGCAAGAUGUCAGAGACAAAUGGAGAAUUGAUUGGAUCUCAGGGCGGGAAAACUCUUCGUGGUAGAAAGAACAAGAAGAAGGAGGAAGUUUCUACCAAGAAGAAGGGGGAAGCUGCGGAUUUGAGGACUCUUUUGAUUCUAUGUGCUCAAGCUGUUUCUGUAAAUGACAGCAGGACUGCUAAUGAGCAACUGAAGCAAAUUAGGAAGCAUUCUUCCCCAUCUGGCGAUGGAUCUCAAAGGAUGGCCCAUUACAUUGCCAACGCCCUUGAGGCACGCUUGCUUGGAAGCCUCACCGGAACUCACAAUUUUUAUGCUGCCCUAGCUUCCAAUAAGAAGCAUACAGCUGCUGAUCUGUUGAGAACUUACAGAACUUAUCUUUCAGCAUUUCCAUUCAAGAAGGUCUCAAUUUCUUAUGCGAACCAAAUGAUUUUGAAGGUAGCUAAGAAUGCAACAACUCUUCAUAUUGUAGAUUUUGGGAUCCUAGAUGGUUUCCAGUGGCCAAUGCUUAUCCAACUUCUCUCGACAAGAUCUGGCAGGCCUCCCAAGCUACGUAUUACAGGGAUAGAGGUUCCUCAAGCUGGUUUCCGGCCAGCUGAAAGAAUCGAGGAGACAGGACGUCGCUUGGCAAAGUACUGUGAGCGGUUUAAUGUUCCAUUUGAGUACAAGCCUGUAGCUGUGCAUAACUGGGAAACUAUCAAAGUUGAGGAGCUUGAGAUUAAUAGCAAUGAGGUUCUUGCUGUCAACUGGCUGUUCAGGUCCUCUGACCUACUUGAUGAGACAGUAGAAAUAAAUUGCCCAAGGGAUGCAGUUAUGAAUUUGAUCAGGAAGAUGAAUCCACAUAUUUUUGUCCAUGCUAUUUUUAACGGAUCCUACAAUUCCCCAUACUUUGUUUCACGGUUCCGGGAGGCACUCUUUCACUUCUCUGCAUUGUUUGAUAUGUUUGACACUUGCUUACCCCAUGACAAUCAACAGCGGUUGACCUUUGAGAGAGAGUUUUAUGGGCGGGAGGCGGCGAUUGUUAUAGCGUGUGAGGGCAGGGAGAGGCCCGAAACUUAUAAGCAGUGGCAGGUCCGGAGUAUGAGGGCUGGGUUUAAGCCCCUGCCCUUAGAUAAGAAGCUGAUGAAACAAUUUAGGGCAAAGUUGAAGGAAUUGUAUCACAAGGAUUUUCUACUUGAUGAAAACAGUCAGUGGUUGCUGCAGGGAUGGAAAGGUAGGGUUAUCUAUGCUUGUUCUUGUUGGGUACCUGCGUAGUAGUCUUGUUCUAAGAAGCUGGACCUAGUUGGGGCAUGGAUAAUUUCAAAAUCAGGUGAAAGUUCAUUUUGCCUUUCAAAUUUUUUUUUUUUUUUAAAAUCCUCAUUCUCAAUUCUCCAAAAAAAAAACAGUGAAUGCAUGCUUGACUUGAAUUAACUGUUUUACUUGGAUAACCCAGAAAAUAAUUGGAAUCCUGCAAGUACAAAGAGACUAACUUUUUUGUGUUGUAAAG